GUGCCUCCAAAGAAACCUGUGCAGCCCAUGGGUGUCAACGAAACGCAGUCGACAUGGAACAACUUCGUGUACUGCAAAUGUGGCCUCUCAUGUGCGCAGCAAAUGGGAUCUUGGUACGUCUUCAACAUUGGUCAGUCGUGCGCAUGCCAGAUCUGCCCUGACACCAAUGCGACUGCAAACCUACGAGGAAGUGACGUCACCAACGCGCCGCUGGACGCCGAUCAGCAUGAAGCAAAGACCAAUGUCCAAGAGGGCGCAAAAAGCCUUCGGAGUUCUAUGCCAGGAAGUGAGGAUACCUGGGACAGUGCACAUGUUCCAGGUACCAACCUCCUCUAUUGCCCCUGUGGAAAGCGUUGCCUUCGCGGUCGUCAGUUGGGUUUGUGGACUUACUGGUGUUUCCAAUAUGGUUGCAGGACAUGCCGAUAAGUAGCAUGUCCUGUGCGAACUGUAUUGCGCCGAUUAGUGCGCUUUCCAAUGUACAGCAACCUUGACUGGUUGAGUUCGAAGAGCCGCACAGUUUGAAAGUCGGAGCCUAAGUUCCCGACAUUUUUGGUUUGGGAAACACUGGUGCAUAGAAUGUAGAGACAGGAGCCAUGUGGUUUUCCAGUAUCUGAAAGGAUAUCGUUGGCAGCAACUGUGCAGUUUUAACGCGCGCAAGAUGCUGCCCACCAGACUGAUCUUGACAUCCCACACAGCUGCAGCCCGACUGCCACCGGCAGCGGCAGCGGCGAGAAUAGGUGAGAUAG